GCUGGUCACCGCCAGAUGCUUUCAAAAGUGAGGUUUUUGACGUGACCGAGAAUGAAGAGGAGUAUGAGCGCUUCGAUGGAGUAAGUCGACUGAUGAGGAUCACCCAGACCGGCGAGCGCCUGAUGAUUUUGAGCCAUCAGAUGAUGACGA